GCGUUGGUCGUUGCUCCCGCGGGCUCGGCGGUGCCAAGACUUGUUGAUCGGUGAUCAGCAGUGCUCGACGUUGCCCGUUUCCCUUUUUUUAAUUCCCACUUUCUCGCGACAACUCGAUAUCACUACCCUCGAGUCACUUCGAAGCGCUUUAUACGCACGUCAAAUCUCAGAAUUCACGCUUUGUUUCUGCCGUUCAGCAACCUGUGACUUCGCAACUGGCCACCGUUGCAUGCGACCCCCGCCGCCGUCUCCUAAGCUCCUCGGCCCUUCUCCUCGCCUCGAUCGCAUCUCUCACAUCCCCUACAUCCUCUACACAAGGGCUUUUAAAGGGACCCCCCUGGCCUCAUAGUUGAUGCCCGGGCGCCGGCGCCUUCCAGCGGGGUCGCGAUCCGACCUCCCGCCACUGAAAAUCAUCCGCAAGAUCCUCUUGCUUCAGGUUGCCUAUUAUGUCUGCGCAACGGUCCUUAUCCUCUUUACGACAGUCGUCUAUGGAACACCCUUUUCGCUGAAUCUUAUAUUUGGUUGGGACUAUUUGAGGGGUGAUACCACGGUUGGUUGGAUGCUGGGAUUGGUUUGGAUGUUGAAUUGUGUUAUCAGCGUGAUCUUCCUCCUCCUUUUCGUCUCCCGAUCCAAGUUGGUCCCCGAUUUCGCCCUCACGAUCCACUUCCUCCAUCUUGUCGCCACUAUCCUCUACACGCGCUCCGUCCCUUCAAACUUACUCUGGUGGGGACUCCAAUUUGCAAGCGCAGGCAUCAUGACAUUCCUCGGUAUGUGGGCGUGCCAACACCGCGAGCUCAAGCCUAUCAGCUUCGGUGGACUCGCGAGCCUGGGGGGUAGCUCCAGCCAUGCCUCCUCAUCACAACAACCCGCCAGUGAUAGCCACCUCGAGUCUGGAUUUGGUCGAGGUCGAGGACGAGAACGUAGCCUCCAGGCUGGAACGGGCGAGUACGAGAUGGACGAGAUGAAACCCAGCGAGCGUACUGUAUGAGAGGCUUUAUUAUGAUAUGUUCCCUCUUUUGUGAUUUCUUUUCUCUUGCAGCUGCUUUGGGCUAUGAUUUUCUUUGGGCUGUUUCCCCCAUAUCUGCGAGGACCUUUUUGCAUGCCUUCUUCUCGUUUUCGUAUACCCUGCCACGUUUGCAUCUGUAUAGAUGGCGUUUGCCCUGAUGAUGAAGGGAAUGAAUACUCAUUUUUCAUUUGUCAAAUAUUGUUCGAUUAAUCUAGAUUCGAGGCUCGGCCUCCCUCUACGACUUCAUUUCUGGAAACGCUCAUCCAGUCUCUAUCUAUUCACUUGUCGUGUUCGCGG